CCCUCUGAGCACUUCCACUCUGCUCAGCUCCUGUGCGUGUGUGUGCGAGCGCGCGCGCGUGUGUGAACCCCUUGCGUGUGUGUGUUAAGAAGAGUUUUAUGUGUGUGCAUAGGGUUGUGUGUUUAUCUAAGUGGAGCUGGAGUGCAGCGGUUCAUCAGUUGAGUCGACUGCAGACGGGGGAAUACUCAGAUCUCACUGUGCCGCCGUUUAACUUGCACUCUGGCUUCCUUUUGGACUUUUUUCUCCCCCCAAAGUCUCACUGGACCCUUUCGCAGCAAACUGUGACUCUGCCGCUGCUCUUUCUCUGCCCUCCAGGCACCUCUGCCACCACUGGAGUUACUGAAGAAUUCUUUUUUUUUGCCAGGAAUUUCUACCUGCCUCAAGCUUUGUUUUUUUCUUAUCCUUACAAUUUAUGGAUUUUAAAAUUCACAAUCAGUUCUUUCCACCCGAUUCCAGAUUAACGCCUCAGUACAUCCCCAGUGAAUUCAGACAUGCUCCAGCACAAGAGAGGAGCUCAGUGAAUGUGUUCAGGUGUGUGCGCGGCACUCUCUGCAUUGUGAGUGAGUAACCGAGGGGCCUUUAUGGUCACAUGGACAUCUUGAUUGCUUUUUCAUUGCAAUGGAAAAACUAUGAGAGUUUGAAUAGCAAAAACGCGGUACUGUAACUAUGGAAACGGUCAGUGCUGUCGGAGGCAUUUUGGGCUCAGGUGGAUGCUGAUCCUGACCAGGAAUGUUCUGAACUCUUUUGGAAUUUGGGUUCCCCUGGAAACGGAUGGAAAGGUGUGACGUUUGUGUCCCAUCGCGGGUGUGAGAGGUGAACCUGGUCGUCCUUCACGGAGGAGCAGCGGAUAUACCCAAACAAACGUUCGAGAAGCGAGGAAGACAUUAUAAAGAAGACCGGAGACAAAAACUCCGCUAAAGCACAAACAACAAGGGACAGACUUUGUCUUGGGCUUGUGAGGUUCAGCUGAUCCCGAAUGCUCAACAAAAACCGCUGAACAUAAGACAUUAAUCAUCAGUGGAUUCAACAAUAUAAAAACUACAGUAAAUUCACUUGACAGACUUUGCAGACACAGUUUCAGUCAGCCAUUGAAAGAAAGGAGAUUGCUCUCAAACGUGUCAAGAUGAUGACCAUGAUGAUGAUGAUGGCGGCCAUGAUGGUCACCUGCAGCUCUCUGUUCCUGCUGGGUCUGGCCGCCGCCCACGCGUCCUCCAGCACCGUGACCCGCGCGUCCUCGGCACCUUCGCCCUCCUCUUCCUCUUCGUCCUCGUCCUCCUCACCGCGCAUGAAGCUCUCAUACAAAGAGUUGCAGCAGUUCCAUGGCGUGCGCCGGUUCGAGCUGGAUCGCUCCUGCUGCUUCAGUGCUCUGCUGCUGGAUGAAGAAAGAGGCCGCCUCUUCGUCGGGGCCAAGAACUUCCUGCUGUCGCUCUCACUGGACAACAUCGCCAAGCAGGAGCACAAGAUCUACUGGCCUGCUCCUGUCGACUGGAGGGAGGAGUGCAACUGGGCUGGCAAGGACAUCACUUCCGACUGCGUGAACUACGUGAAGAUCGUGCACCACUAUAACCGCACCCACCUGUACGCCUGUGGAACUGGGGCCUUCCACCCCACCUGUGCAUUUGUAGAGGUGGGAAACAGGAUGGAGGACCAUGUGUUCAGGAUCGACCCCUCCCAGGUGGAGGACGGGAAAGGGAAGAGUCCGUAUGACCCUCGCCACAAUGCUGCCUCUGUGCUCAUUGGUGAUGAGCUGUAUGCUGGCGUGGCCACAGACUUAAUGGGGCGUGACUUCACCAUCUUCAGAAGCCUGGGCAGACGGCCCUCCAUCCGCACCGAACAGCAUGACUCACGCUGGCUCAAUGAACCCAAGUUUGUUGGUUCCUUCUGGGUCCCAGAGAGUGAAAACCCUGAUGAUGACAAGGUAUUUUUCUUCUUCCGCGAGACGGCGGUCGAGGCCCAGGGACUUGGAAAAUCCACCUACUCCCGAAUCGGACAACUCUGCAGGAAUGACAUGGGCGGUCAGCGGAGUCUGGUGAACAAGUGGACGACAUUCCUCAAGACCCGUCUGAUCUGCUCGGUACCAGGAGCCGACGGCAGCGACACGUACUUUGACGAGCUGCGCGAUGUGUUUCUACUGCAGACAAGGGACCGAAAGAAUCCUCUGGUCUACACUGUCUUCUCUACAUCCAGCAGUGUAUUUAAGGGCUCAGCUGUGUGCCUUUACUCCAUGAAUGACAUCCGGAGGGCCUUCCUGGGGCCCUUUGCUCACAAAGAGGGGCCUAACUACCAGUGGGUCCCCUUCCAGGGAAAAGUCCCAUAUCCGCGCCCAGGAAUGUGUCCCAGCAAGACGUUCGGCAGCUUUGAAUCCACGAAAGGUUUCCCGGACGAUGUGAUCCAGUUUGCCCGUCACCACCCUCUGAUGUACAAUCCGGUCUACCCCAUGAGCCGACGGCCCGUCUUCGUCAGAACCAACGUGGACUACAGCUUCACGCAGAUCGCCGUGGACAGAGUCAGCGCCGCCGACGGACAGUACGAUGUCAUGUUCAUCGGCACAGACAAGGGGACCGUACUGAAGGUCAUCAAUGUCCCCAAGGAGAGCUGGAACAACAUGGAGGAGCUUCUACUGGAAGAGCUGGAGGUCUUCAAAGACGCAUCAUCUAUCAUCAACAUGCAGAUCUCAUCAAAACGGCAACAGCUGUAUGUCGGCUCCGACACCGGCAUCGCCCAGGUUCCCCUCCACCGCUGCAGUGUGUAUGGGAAGGCCUGCGCCGAGUGCUGCCUGGCCAGAGACCCGUACUGCGCCUGGGACGGGACAUCCUGUACUCGCUACCUGCCAAACACCAAGAGGCGUUUCCGUCGUCAGGAUGUGAGGAAUGGAGACCCCAACACGCUCUGCUCCGGAGACCACCAUAAGCACCGCGUGGCGGAGAAGAAGUUGUACGGAGUCGAGGGAAGCAGCACUUUCUUGGAGUGUAUCCCCAAAUCCCUUCAGGCCAAAGUGACCUGGACCUUCCAGAAAAAUACACAGAACCCACGAGAAGAGGUGCGUCUUGAUGACCGCAUCCUCGAGACAGACAGAGGCCUUCUGAUCCGCCGGGUCCUGAAGAGAGAUGUCGGCAUCUACCAGUGCCACGCCAUGGAAUACGGCUUCACCCAAACUUUGCUAGGCAUCACCCUGGAAGUCAUACCCUCAGUGUCCUCCUCAGUCUCCAAUCUACCCUCUGACGCCCCUGUCCGCAGCGGAGGUGGGCCAGCAAUGACCAACCAAAAGCUUUGGUACCGGGACUUCAUGCAACUGGUGGACCACCCCAACCUGAACACUGUCGACCAGAUAUGCGAGCAAGUUUGGGCACGAAAGAACGCCGGCAGUGAGCAGGUUGAUAAGGUCUUUCCUGCUCCUGGGAAGGACACGCUGUCUGCGGGUCCCGCUGUGCGCCCGGCGAACAAGAAGUGGAAGCAUCUCCAGGAGAUAAGGAAGGGGAGAAACCGCCGGACCCACGAUGGGAAACCGAACCCUCGUGCACCGCGCAGCGCGGGGGAGUAACGGCGUGGAGAGCGAGAUGCAGGGAGAAAAAUAAUGACUGAGCGUGACAGAAAGAGACUGAUAGACCAAGUACUCCUGGAGGUGUUCACACACACACACACACACACACACACACACAAAAACACAAACACACACACACACACACACUCACACACACACACAGCGCCUCCUCUAUUGUGUAUAUUUAUCAAUGGAUGCUCCCACCAUACUGUACACCAGUCCCAGAGUCCUCGUCCCACCGGCCAGCCCCUGCAUGUGCUGCCUUACUGCCCGAAUUGAUUCUGCACGACCCCUUUAGACUGUUCACUAGCAUAGUUGCGUGUUGAAGCAGGUACGUAGAAGUAAACCCAUCUAUAUCUGCGGGCAAUAAACUCACACACUCACCUGUCCCUACUCCCUUUACCACUGACUGUAAACGGUGGGUUUCAUGGCGCAGGAUGACCCAUCUUCAUCAUCUACACGCCGGCCAAACAUGUAAUAUGUGGACAGUGGGUCACGGUACGAACACCCACUCUCUGGGCUACACCACUUGGGGGAAGAAGAAAAAAAACAGCCCCACAGUUUGCUAUCUCCUCACGGAUUUUUUUCUAAUCUGAAGAUUUAAUACAAAUGUAGACAAAUGGUGGACUUGGACGCGAUGUUCACAAUGGGAAAGACUGAGAAAUGUGACAGCUGGAAUAUUCUCGCAUGUUGCAGUCUUUAACUGGAAACACACAGUCUGUGUGCAAUUGCAAAAAGCCUACAUACGGUCACACAGUCGAAACGUUGUUUCUACAUGAAUCGACUUCCUGUGGUGCUCCCGGUGCACAUAUUUCUAUUGAACUCACUUUUCACACGGCUCCGUGCAUGUGCACAUUACAUAAAGCAGUCACAGAUGACGUAGAGAUGUCUGCAGUGUGGGCCAGCCUGUGGAAUAGAUCAGCAUGGUGCCGGACCGAUUUCACUAUAAACUGCAUACUAUUUAGCGGGUUUCUAAGUGGUUUCCUUAGGCACACUGAGGCACGUCGCAGCAAAAUAAAUCACACAGUACAAUUCAGUUAUGUUUAGAGAGCAGUCGUAUCUCGCCAGAUGUGAUUAUAUUGCUUUACUGGUCCAAACCACUAGAGAAUGAGGGGUGAAAAAAACUACUGGCAUUCCAUGAUGUGAGAGAAAGAUGAGAUGUUUACAGUACACAGAAGAAGAAGUCCACCUCUGAAGGCCCUUAUCGUACCUGGAUCACAUCUAAACACAUUUUAACUGUGUCUCGUGUGGCAUCUCUGACAAACUUAAAUAUUAUAAUUAGCAUUGAAAGUGCAUAUAGAAAAAAGGCGUUAAUCCAAAACCUCACUAUAAAAUUCAUUAUUUAUUGAUUUUUAUUUGACUGUGUUCAAUGGUUUGUAUAUUAAUAUAAAGAGUCAUGAACACAGCGGUUUGGGUGGAAAGCAUGAAAACAACAACCAGGAGGAAGACGAAAGAUAUUAGUGGACUCCGAGUAUGACAACCCACAUUUCUGGGCUUCAGUACAGUAUAUAUAUUUGCAUGAUAUUUAUGAGUGAAAAUAUGAUAUUAUUUUUGUUUCUUUUAAUACUAAAUGGUACUUUUACUCUUUGCUUUUUUCUCCCACUGUUCUUGCAUAUGUCGUUGCUGAAAGAUACUUAUAUGCACCUAGAAUGAAAUGACAUUCAGCACCGAUACAAAUGACAGAAAACUGUUCCUCUGUGCUACCCACAAUGCAUUUCACCUUUGGCAAAAAAACCCAACAGAACACCUUCCCUCUGACUUCAUACUCUGUUGUGGUAAGUGUACAGUCACUACUAUUGAAUUUUGCUGCUUACAGUCAUUACUUCCUAAUGGACGAUUAGUACAAUGAGGUCUUCCUUCUCUCUGUCUUUAGUCUGAUCUCUCUCUGUGUAUAGUCUGUAAAGAAACCCUGUUCGUUGGUUGUCUGUGCUAACAUGAUGUGUGUAGCCUGCCCCCUAGUGUCCAUUGUGUGUACAUGCUCCGAUGAGGAGCCUACCUGUGGUACCAUUCUUCAUUAUAACCAUAGUCUUAUCAAAAUGAAAGAAAGCCACUGACCUUGUAGGAUAAAACAUUCAAAUAUGUUUUGCAUUCAUGAUUUUAGUGGUGGACACGUGGUCUAAUUUGUGCUGCUGCCGUACAUUUCUCACAAACAUAGCGGCUGUAAAGCAUUUCCAGUAUACUCGAGACACAAAUGUAUUUUUGUAACAGCGUUCAUACUUCUGCAUUGGGCUUUGGAUGUGUCCAUUAAUUCACACACAGAACUGUGAGCCAAAAUGGCGUCCGUGUUAAAGUGAAAGUUCUUUUGGAUACCGGGAAAACAGGAGGCAACACAAACUAGGUCUGAGUGGAUUCUAGAUGUA